AUAACUGCGCGCACUAAAGGUCCUGUUUGCACCAUGAGUGAAUCUGAGGAUGAAGAGGGGGGGGUCCCGCCCUCCAGCAGCACUCUGUCUGAGGAACAUGAGAGGACUGAGCAGGAAAGAGCAGAUUCUCCUGAACCAUCCUGUGUUUCCAUGAGGAGUGACCGCUCCACAGGGGACCCCACAGCUUUCAAUCAGCAAGAUUUAAUUCCUAAACAGAGAGCAGGGUCUCCAGCCCCCAGCUGUCUGUCUCUGAAGAGUGACCGGUCCAUAGGGGAACCUCCACUCUUCAGUAAAGAACCUGGACCCUCAGACACAAAGACUGAGGAGAAAAGAGCAGAUUCUCCAACACAAAGCUGUGUGUCCAUGAGUAGUGACCGCUCCAUGGAUUACCCUAGCAAGGAUCAACAGGAAACUUCAGAGGUUCAUACAGAGUUGGACUCCAUAUUCAGGCUUCUUGAGGACAACAUGUUUGCCUAUCUGAAGAAAGAGCUUAAGAAGUUCCAGAAGGUUUUGAGAAGUAAUAACCCAGAAUGCUUCGAGAGCCAAGGUAAGUCUGAAGAAGUGGUUGAUGGGGAAGAGGAAGAGCAGAGGAGGAGCAGAAGAGAGGCAUUUCUGAAGAUCACACUGGACUUCCUGAGAACAAUGAAGCAGGAGGAACUGGCAGACUCACUGAGAAACAAAUUUCUUGCUGCAAUGGGCCAACCUAAACUCAAAUCUAAUCUGAAGAAGAAGUUUGAAUUUGUGUUUGAGGGGAUUGCUAAAGCAGGAAAUCCAUCCGUUCUGAACCAGAUCUACACAGAGCUGUACAUCACAGAGGGAGGGACUGCAGAGACCAAUAAAGACCACGAGGUCAUACAGAUUGAGAAAGCAUCCUGGAAACCAGACACACCAGAAACAACAAUCAGAUGUGAAGACAUCUUUAAGGCCUCACCUGGAAGAGAUAAACCAACCAGAACAGUGAUAACAAAGGGUGGGGCUGGCAUUGGGAAAACAGUCUUAACACAGAAGUUCACUCUGGACUGGGCUGAAGGCAAAGCCAACCAGGACAUACAGUUCAUAUUUCCUUUCUCUUUCAAAGAGCUGAAUGUGCUGAAAGAAAGAAAGUACAGUUUGGUGGAUCUUGUUCAUUACUUCUUUCCUGAAUUUGAAAAAGCAGGAGUCUGGAGGUUUGAAGAGUCCCAAGUCCUGUUGAUCUUUGACGGUCUGGAUGAGUGUCGACUUCCUCUGGACUUCCACAACACUGAGAUCCUGACUGAUGUCACAGAGUCCACCUCAGUGGAUGUGCUGCUGACAAACCUCAUCAGGGGGAAGCUGCUUCCCUCAACUCGCCUCUGGAUAACCACAAGACCUGCAGCGGCCAAUCAGAUCCCUCCUGAGUGUGUGGACAUGGUGACAGAGGUCCGAGGGUUCACCGACCCACAGAAGGAGGUUUACUUCAGGAAGAGAUUCAGAGAUCUGGAGCCGGCCGGCACCAUCAUCUCCCACAUCAAGACCUCACGAAGCCUCCACAUCAUGUGCCACAUCCCCAUCUUCUGCUGGAUCUCUGCUGUAGUUCUGGAGGAGGUGUUGAAAACCAGAGAGGGAGGAGAGCUGCCCAAGACCCUGACUGAGAUGUACAUCCACUUCCUGGUGGUUCAGUCCAAAGUGAAGAAAGUCAAGUAUGAUGGAGGAGCUGAGACAGAUCCACACUGGAGUCCAGAGAGCAGGAAGAUGGUCGGGUUUCUGGGGAAACUGGCUUUCCAGGAGCUGAAGAAAGGCAACAUCAUCUUCUAUGAGUCCGACCUGACCGAGUGUGGCAUCAAUAUCAGAGCAGCCUCAGUGUACUCAGGAGUGUUCACUGAGGUCUUUAAAGAGGAGACAGGAAUUCACCAGGACAAGAUGUUCAGCUUCGUCCAUCUGAGCGUUCAGGAGUUCCUGGCUGCACUUUAUGUCCAUCUGACAUUCUUCAACUCUGGUGUCAAUCUGUUGUCAGAAGAACAAACAUCCUCACUGUGGUCUAAAUUGAUCGGAGUCAGACCUGAACACUUCUAUCAGAGUGCUGUGGACAAGGCCUUACAGAGUCCAAACGGACACCUGGACUUGUUCCUCCGCUUCCUCAUGGGUCUCUCAUUGGAGACCAAUCAGACACUCCUACGAGGCCUGGUGACACAGACAAAAAGCAGCGCACUGACCAACCAGGAAACAGUUAAAUACAUCAAGAAGAAGAUCGAAAAUAAUUUCUCUGCAGAGAAAAGCAUCAAUCUCUUCCACUGUCUGAAUGAACUGAACGACAGUUCACUAAUUCAUGAAAUCCAGAAAGGCCUGAAUUCAACUUCUCUCUCCACUGAUAAGUGGUCACCUGUUCAGUGGUCAGCUUUGGUCUUCAUCUUACUGUCUUCACAAAGCGAUCUGGAGGUGUUUGACCUGAAGACAUACUCAGAUUCAGAGGAGGAUCUUCUGAGGCUGAUGCCAGUGGUGAAAGCCUCCACCAAAGCUCUGCUGAAUUGCUGUAAUCUGUCAGAGCAAAGCUGCAAAGCUCUGUCUUCAGUGCUGAGCUCUGAUUCCUCCAGUCUGAGAGAGCUGGACCUGAGCAACAACGACCUGCAGGAUUCAGGAGUGAAGCUGCUCUGUGAAGGACUGCAGAAUCCACACUGUAAACUGAAAUCUCUCAGGUUAUCAGGCUGUCUGAUCACAAAGAAAGGCUUUUCUUCUCUGGCCUCUGCUCUGAGAUCCAACUCCGUCCUGAGAGAGCUGGACGUCAGCUACAAUAAUCCAGGAAACAAAGGAGUGAAACUUCUUUCUGCUGGAAGACUUGAAUCUCUCAGGGUGGACCAUGGUGGAAAGCAGUUAAAGAAACCGGGUCUACGGAAGUACGCCCGUAAACUGACACUGGACCCAAAGACGGCAAACAAAAAUCUCAUUCUGUCCGACAACAACAGGAAGUUGACAGCGAGCAGAGAGACGCAGCCAUAUCCUGAUGAUCCAGAGAGAUUUGACUACUGGAAACAGGUUCUGUGCACAGAUGGUCUGGACGGUCGCAGUUACUUCGAGGUCGAAUGGAAAGGACAUGUUUAUAUAGGAGUGACUUACAAAGGAAUGAAAAGGAGAGGAGACAGUGAGGACUGCUGCCUUGGAAGGAAUGACCACUCCUGAAGUCUGAGCUGCUCUGAAAAAGAUGGUUACUCUAUCCUGCACAGUAACAAGAGAGAAAAGAUCCCUGUCCCCAUCUCGAACACAGUGGGGGUGUACCUGGACUGCCCUGCUGGCACUCUGUCCUUCUACAAGAUCUCUGCAAACAAAGUCACCCACAUCCACACCUUCCACACCACAUUCACCGAGCUGCUCCACCCUACCUUCAGGGUAAGGAUGGACACGCAGAACUCGUCAGUGUCUUUGUGUGAGAUUUGGAAACAAAGCCCCAAUAUCAAGACCCCCAGACUUUGAGUUGCGUUUUCCUGCUAAAACCUGUGAGGGCAAAGUAACACUGCAGGCAGUCGAAAAAAGAGAACAUUUUAAUUUCCACAAAACAUUUCAAUCAGGAGAGACGUUGAUGUAUGAAAUACGUGUUUAUUACCGGGACACGUAAUAUGAAUGUGAUAAUGAUUGCCAGAAUUAAACAGGAGAAUGAAAUGGUGUUUGGCGAUUAGGCCCCGAUUUGCAGGAUUAUCAUUCAGGAGGGGAAGAACCGCUCCGAAGAAACCCCCCGGGGUCUAGACACUGGUGGUGGUGAUAAGUAGGUGGGAACGGACUGAAGGGAGAAGGUUUAGCUUGGUCCUGAAGGAGACGGGAGGCAAAGGGGUGGAGGAGGGUUGCGUAUUAUCACCUGAAAUGACAGCUGACAGAGGGAAGAGCAGAUAUAAAGGGAUUAGCAGGUGCUAUGAUAGGCUUGUGAGAAAGGAGAGAGGAGAGAUUGGUUAGCUGGGGAGAGACGCCCCGAUCACUUAAUGAGGGAGGAGAGAGUAAUGAAGUGACGUGUAAUAUGAAUGAAGAGCUUGGUCUUCCUGAUUGAACUUGAGCUUCAUUUAGCUGACAUGGGGAAUUCUGAUAUAUAAAAAAAUGAAAUCAGAAGAAAUCAAGCAUUGAAAAAACUACCAGGUGAUUGCUGUUAAAUCUCGACGGUAAAGAUUAGGAUUUUCUAUCUUUGAGUGGGUUAUAUGUAUAUAUAUAUGUAUCAUGAAUAAAAUCGUUUUGUGUAUACAACAAACUGAAUGCUAAUCAGCUAACGGCUAAUACCUGCAACCAUAAUGCACUAAGUGCACUUUCAUUUGAAAAAGUGACGUUUUAAAAUACAUAACCGUAUAAACCAUUAAACAGAAACAUCAGGCAAACAGAAUUUUAAAUGUUCACUCAUUAUAUAUAUUUAAUUCUGCUUACUAUCAUUAUGACAGUUUCCAUAACAAAGACAUGUUAUGCCAAUUGAGACAAAACACGGCAUGCAGUUAACUUAGUUAGGACACAGGCUGAUAUAUAGUAUAAUAAUAAACUCAACCAUUUGUAUUGGAUUAUUUAAAAUUGUAUUUGUUGAGUCAAAGUGAAGAAGUAACCAAAUCAGAUUUUGUUUUUUAAUGAAUGAAUUACAAUGUCAUGUUUAUAUGUUAUAUAUUUGUUCAUAUGUAUGCACAUAACUACAUUGAGUUUCUAUCUUUUGAGGUUGCAGUGAAUAAUAUACUUUUUAUUAUUUUGUGUCUCUCAAUGCCCU